UAAACAUGAUUAUUUUUACAAGUGUCUUGUAAAGUUUAAAGGCGAAGGUUGUAAUAAAAAUGACAAAAGACUGAUGAGCUAAUAGUAAUGUACAAAUAAUUGCUGUGAAAGCGUUUUAAUAGCUGCUGUUAAGUUAGUUAAAAGGCGACAAACUUGGCGGUUCAUACACAUGUGCGUUAGUUGCUAGAUUUCUACUCGAUGAUGUGCAGUGAGCCGAAAGGGGGACUUCUUUUGUUUUGUGACAGAAAGAGAAAGAGAUUGUGAACUGGCAACAUUAUCUGAACUAAAGUGAAGCACUUUCAGGUCACUAUGCCUGGUCAGUUUAGAAGUGCGGGGGACAUCCUGUUCACUGACCAUCCUCCAAUACCUGGUCAGAUCUCAGAUGUCCAGCUGAAGCAGUUCUCAGAAACCAGUAACUUCCUACAGUGUCUCGAGCCUCUGACCAGAGACAAGCCGUUCUUCUUUGCUCAGAUUAGAGCUCUGUCUAACAACAGUAAGAUCAGUAUAGGGAUUGCUGGUCCUGACAUAGCGGAGGACGGGACGCCGGGUCACUGGAUCAAUACGGUGGGAUACAGCAGUGAUGGCAUUUGUCGAACCUCGCACAACGAAAUCGCAAAUACGUACGGAGCGAAGUACAGCAUAGGUGAUGUCUUUGGAGUUUUUGUCAGCCAUUUUGGGAAGCAGAUGUCCACUGUGAUUUUUAUCAAGAAUGGACAACCUGUUGCUACAAGGUUUCAUUUUGAACCUGACCACAAAAAGUUUUUACCAACAAUCACACUGGAGAAUGGACCAAUUGACCUUGGAAUUAUGUGGCCCCAGGCAGUGAUGGUGAAGCCACAGUUUUCAGAUAAAAACAUGAUUCAUUGGAUUACCUCCCCUGGUGUGAGCUACAACUUGGCUGACAACAUGUUUGUUUUUAACCCAGACACAGAAAACCAGGGUACAAUACAGAGCCCCACAUCUCUUUGUAGAGAAUUUGAGCACUAUGAGGUAGUGAUCCAGAAAGUUUCCGAGACAGGGGCAGGGCCAGCAGUUGGCAUAGCGACCUGUAGUUUACUGAAGCCGACGCCCACAUGUAAAGCUCUUGUCGACUUCUUCAGGCUGCUUGCUGAUGGAAAAAAUGUAAAACUCUCUGAGGGACAGAGGGUGGGGAUAGGAGUCCACUACCCCAAGGACGUACGGGAAAAACCAGACCACGAUGACAAAACACAACAACUGGUGCUAGUUUUUGUUACCUUGGAUACCAAGAUUGGGUACGCCAAAGUUGUAGUACAGCCCGAAGGGGGGUUCUUCCCAAUGGUGGUCCUUAACAAAAAUGGUUCCAAGGUAACAGUUGAUGUGACAACGAAUCGUAAAAUUGAGACGUAUGAGAAUCUUGAUCCAAUGUUUGAAGAGCAUUUAGAGGAGGCCAAACGACUAAUGCUGAACGACAGUCUUAAAAGGCAACUGAAGCCAGAGAUGUUCAGGAAGUCAGAGCAGUUGAAGAUUGAAAUCAAUGAACAAACCGCAAUGGUGGAUCUCAGUAAGCAGUAUUGUCGUGUACAUCUGUCUAAAGACGCCAUGGGGAUCCAUCUUAUCCAAUUCCGACAACCCCUGACGAAGAACAGCCCAUACUUCUGUAUAGAAAUCCGGAAACUUAAUGAAGACUCAGUACUGACAAUAGGACUGGCUGACUCCAAAUUCCCCCUCAACAAACACCCCGGAAAAGUCCCAGAGUCCACAGGGUACUGCUCAAGAGACGGAAAAAUGUACUACAACAAACAGCAUGAGGGGCACUCAUUCGGGGAAAGAUUUGGAGAGGGUGAUAUGGUUGGUGUUGAAGUGUCAAACAUUGGCAGAAAGCAUCCAGUCGCUCUGUUUUCUAAGAACUGGCGAGGGAUUGACACGCGAUACGUCACCAUUCUGGACCAAGAUCAGAUCUUACCGACGGUGGCCGUGUGUGGUAACGGAUACGACGUGGAAAUAGACAUCUACUGGCAGAAUCAGUACUUAAAGGGGCCUCCAUUUAAUGAACAUAACCCCCAAGACUGGUGUUAUUCAAAAGAUGUUACUGUUGACAGGAAGAACCGAAUAUUUACAGCACCUGAACACAACGAACCUAUCCUUAUACAGUCUCCACAACCUUUUGACCCCGAGUCAAAUUAUGACUACUUUGAGGUACAGAUCCUUGAUAAGUUUGGUAAGGAGGCUGGUGCCCCACCCCCAGGGAUUGCCCUCAGCUCCCCCUGUUCCCAGGAUAUCACUCCUGGGUCGUCUUCCAACUUUAGACAAGAUUAUGUCAGAUUUCUUGCCGUUGAUGAAGCUGAGUCCAGUGUUUCUGUUGGAGAUAAAAUUGGAUGGGGAGUGAUUUUUCCCGACAGUGAAAUAAAAAAACAGGAAGACCGUCUUAUAAUUUGUUAUCUGUGUAUUAACCUGACUGUUGUACUGACACGAGUCAUCUACGAGCCUCCAGGAGGAGUUUAUCCAAUCAUAAUGCUCCCCAGUGGUGCCAAUCGUGUGAAGCUUGGAACUAUAAUCCACAUCCACACACAUCCCAUAACGCCUGAGGUUCAAAGGGAGCUAAUCCAGGAGGCAAAAGAUCUCAUAGCCGAGGAAAAGCGGGUCACAGCAGAAGGGGGUGACCCACAUGAAAUGAACAUUGAUAAAAAUCUUUUUAAGGCAUUUUUGCUAGAAACUCCAGACUCCAAACGGGACAAUAAAAACCCCACAAAAGUAGCCACCGUUAUCAUGGCAGCCAAUGCAUUCCAGCGAAAAAAGAAAUCCGUCAGUUGUGUGUUGCUAUGAUAAUGAUCGUAAUAGAUGACAGAUCCUUAAGUGUAUUAAUUAGAUUGACCCAUAGUUGAUUAUGGAUUUUUAUUGUACAGAACAGGGUAAACAUUUCUCAGCUUUAGUCUAUAGAGCUAUUUAUAAGCAAAGAAACAGAUUUGUGAUGUGAAUACUGUAAAAUGUGAAAAUUUACCAUUAUGAAGCGAAAUCUGUAAGCUGUAAGAUGAAUAAGAUGUACAUACAAAGACAUCUGUUCAUGGAAGGUAUUUACCUGAAAAAGUAACCUACUGUAUAUUUAAGUUGAAACACCACACUUGUAAAUUUUCACAUUUGCAGUAGUCACAUAACAUGUAACUUUAUGUAUAAAAUUUUUUAAUUGACUAACAUGUAGAAUGUCAUGUGACUUUUAAUGACACAACUUUCAAAUGUUCAGCAUUAACCAGUGCAUUACCUGUGCUCAAUACUGUUAUAACAUGUUCAUAUAUAUUGUUAUGUACAGUCAUUUAUUUAUAUAUUAUUUUGUAUAUUGUUAUGUCCAUUUAACACACAACCUGCAACAAUAAUCUACAAGGCUGUUAUUAAUUUUCCAGUUCUACUUUUGACUAUAUACUGUCUUGUUAAAUAACUGUA